GAGGUCCAUAUAAAGCUCACUUGCCUCACAAUGAUGAAAGCGCUUGAUUUAAACUAUCUGCAUGAGCGAUUUUCGGAGUUCCGCGCACAUCUUUGAAAACUGAUGAAUUGGCAAGUGGGCUCAACUUCUAUGGACAUGUUAUAUCGGAAUGUAUUAACUUAUUGAAAUCGUGUUAAUGAUGAUGCAACCUUAGCAAAGUUGACACACUGCAGAUACUACUAUUCCUGCCAGUAACUUCUUUGCUGCUGGCUGUGGAAAUGAUGCAAUGUUGAGCCUUCCGCUAUGCCAAGCCUCAGCAAAUGUGGAUUUGAAAAACAUCUUCCAGAUAAUUUCUUUUGAAGAUGACAGUUUGGAAAUUUUGUUCAGAGACCAAUCAGUUCUUCAGCUAUCACCAUGCGGAGCCAACUUUAGAUACACACGUCCUCAUGGACAAAACCAACCAAGUUUAGCUCAAAAUCUGAAUGAAGUAUGCCAGAGAUGUAUAUUUGCAACAAGCGAAACACGAUCAAAAGUUAUUCAAGCGAUUUCGAUUCGUAAUCAACUUAGUUCUUGUCCUUAUUUGCCCUCAGACUUACUUGAACAUAUGGGUGUAGACUCUUUUCGUUUUCAUCGAAAAAUUGGAACAUAUGAAUGGCCACAAGUUUUGAGCUUCAAUACAGAAGAUACAAAAGCAAUAAACAAGCAGGUUGUUUUCAACAAUGAUGGGUCAAUUACAGUAAAGAGUGUGGAUAAUUUUGCACAACUCGACUUAUUUCCUGAUGGCCAUCGCAUCAGAAUAUCGUUUGUUGUUCCAUUGUCAGAGAAUGACAAGGUUAACCAUAAAUUUGAAUCACAACAAGAUAUAGAAAGUUCUCAGAGCAGCUCUCAAAAUAUAUAUGUCUGGCAAACUCGUAUAUUUCCUGUAUUUAACUGUCCUACAGAAUGGCAGUACCCUCUAGAACUGGCUCUCCAUGCUAAGUAUGGAACCAGGCAUGAAAAAUGGAAAUCAAGGGAUAACAGAAGCUUAGCUGUUGCUUCUGUAUCUAGGAUAUGUGAAGGGCAAUUCAGGCACAAAUGGAGAAAUGUAAUAUCAUGUUCAUCAAAAGAUAUCCAACCUAUGAACAAGGAUAAUGGCAAUGAAAUAAGUUUAUAUGAAACUCAUUUUUCAUCUGGGAAUUCUGUCAUUAAAUUUAUGUGGUGUGAAAAUGCUUCAUAUUGGAUGUCCUCUAAAUUGAAUGAUCAGCAAUCAAAAGUUGAAGUAUGGUUUGCCAAUGGUGAUGUCUUCAAAUCUCAUCCUUUAAACGAUAGGUACUUUAUUCAUGUAUAUCCAUCUCUUCAUAAUAGCAGUUCAUGUUCGAAGGAAUAUUUAUAUACCAAUGGGAAGUUCGUGGAAAAAAUAAUAUCAUCUGCCUCAGUCCCUGCACAGAAUUCAAUUUUGAAAAGUAUUAUGCUCCGUUGUAUAAGAAUGCUCUUAAACAGACAGCAAGAAGUUGCAAAUUUUGCAGGAAUGGAUAAUGAUACACCUUGUUGGAAUUCAAACAAACAUGAAGAACUGAGACAUGCAUCGUUUUCAUUGGACGAUGUUGAAAAAGUCAGCAUUAAUGAAAAAGUACAUAUUACAGGAGUUGGAAAAUUCUCUGUUGCUGAUGACAGCAUUCAAAUAGCAUUUGAUGAUGGCUCAGUUUUACAUAUGACCAUCGAUAUUGGACAAUUAAGAAAAUCUGGGCAACAUUAUGCCAACCUUUUUAUUCCUGGCCAAUGCAGAAUUAUGUUGGCAACAGGAAAAUAUUUUGUGAUUGAAAAGUUGGAUAAGCCACAGGAAGAAGUGGAAGAGUACAUGAAACAUGCUGCUGCAUGGUUGGAAUGGUUGUCAAAGCCAGUUCAAGAAAGAACAGAAGCUUCAUUUUAUUCUGAUACAAUUUACAAUAUAGAAAAUGUGGACAUGGUGUCUCAAGAACUUGCAAAGAUCAACAGAUUAACACUUACAAGUACACCUCAAUAUUUAGAAUUAUCAGAAAAUCAUUCAGUUGAAAAGAAAGGGAAAUUCACUGAAUGCUCAAAUUUUCAAGAUGUUUCCAGGGCGUUGUCACAUACAAGUAAAGCAAUUACUGAUUUGGAGAAUAUAAUAGGUUCAUUCAGAAAAAGUAGUUAGCUCAGUCGUCACUCUCGCAUGUUCAAUGCUUUUGGUUGUUUGAAUUGAAAACACUUCACGAAACAGAUUGUACAUUGAUAAUGUAAACCAGGGGUUCUCAACCUUUUUUCUGUCAAGUACCCCCCGAGUCACGGAACAAUCAAUGCGAGCCCCCAGGAAUCAGACACCGAACAAAGUUGUGAUAUGUUGACAAUUUGUUGCAACACCAAUUUAUUGACCUUAUGUAACUAAAUUAAAUCGUCUUGUUGAUAGUAUUGCCCUUGUCAUCUGCCUAACUUAUGAAUUUAUAAAAUCUGUUGCAAGUUUCAAUAAGCAUAAUCACUUCUCCAAUGCUCGCAGCACGCUGUCUUUGGAGAUUUCACAGUUUGCAUGCAAAACCUUGAGUUUCACAUUGUUGCGCCACAAUCACAACAACGCAACAUCAAGGAAAAUCUACUCUUCAAUUGGCAUGCAUUUUCCUAUGGUAGUAAUAAAGAAUAUUAAAAAAGAUCGCCACACAAAAACUUGACUGCCAUCCAAGUACCCCUGGGAAUCUUCUCAAAUGGCUCUCAUUUUGAUGCCAUGAUUUGAAAACAAAUUGUAUUUAUUGAACUUAAUUCUAUAAUGUAUAUUUUAAAGAUGUGUAAUAGGCAGUUUUCUGUCAUUGAUGAGUGCAUUGGCAUAUCAAUGGCCAUACUUGUGCAUGUUGUUGUGUAUAUUCUGAUAUAAAAUGAUUAUGAAUCCGAAGGCGAUUUGUUUGAACGAAAAAUUAGAGCGAUAGAUGACUUCAAAUCUCAGGGCUAUAAGUUUAUUUCGACUCCCAUAAUCAGCAUACAUAUGAUAAAAUGAUGAUAGAAACAAAUCAAAAAGCCUUCGAAACCUUCAAAAAGUGGAUUUUAUUUUAAAACGCACAGAAUUUAAAUUGAAAUGUUGCCAAAAGUAGUGGUACGUGAUUACUCACUUAUGAAUAAUAAAUAAAUUUACCCACUUGCACACGCGUACUACCACUCAGUUAUAAUGAAAUGAAGAAAAAAAAACGUUAUUUGCUACACUAUAUUAGUAAGUUUGUUAGAAUCGCCAAUUGAAUUCGUCACUGAGUGUAAGUUAAAAUAUAUCGUCAAGUUGAUUUUAGUUGGAGUCAAUUGUCACAAACAUCCUGUCAUGCAGGGAUAAAGAUUUGACGUUCUUGAAA